UUAAGAUUUCUAUGCAUGUGCAGAUGCAGGGGCUGACACGAAGCAUGUCGAGAAUGGGCGUGCAGGGAGGCGGCGGCAAUGGAGGAACGGCUGUGGCGCUAGGCUGCAAGAUGGUGGGGGGAGGGAGCGACAGGACACUGGACUUAUGCGCGCGGGUAUGCCUGGUCAACGAGCACGAGACCAUCCUCUACGAGUCCUUCAUCAAGCCCUCGAUCCCUGUCACCCACUACCGCUACGAGUCCACCGGGAUCCGCCCCGAGUACCUCCGCGACGCGCCCACGGCCAAACAAGCCCGCCGCCGCAUCCAAGACAUCCUCAACGAGAAGACGACGGCGAUCCUGGUGGGGCACGGGCUGGAGCACGACCUGGAGGCACUGGGGAUGGAUCACCCGGCGCAACUCAAGCGGGACACGGCCACGUACCCGCCGCUGAUGAAGACGAGCGGGCGGGUGAUGAGCAGCAACUCGCUGAGGUUUCUGACACGGAACUGCCUUGGGUAUGAGAUACAGACGCCGGGGUACCAGCAACACCCAUAUGAUGACUGCGUUGCGGCCAUGAGGAUCUACAGGAGGAUGCGAGGGCUAAAGCACGUGGAAGAGAAGAAGGGAGAGGAAGGCGAGGGGUUCCCGGCAUGGAGGCAGCGGGAGCUGGAGCGGAUGUCACCCAAGGAGUUGUUGAGGAGGUCCAAGCCCGACUACCGCUGCUGGUGCCUCGAUGAUGGCCACUAGUCAUGGUGGACGCUGAUCGAUCCAUCAACCGAUGAUGGCUAAGAGACUAGAUGAUGACCGAGGAAAGCUGAUGGCUGCCUAGCUAGCAAGCGAAUCAAUUCUGUAUUUAUCUACAGUAUUGCUAUUUCAUUUUCGGUCGAGGAAUAACUAUUUCCAAGUCAGUGGUAAAAACCAUCUGAUCGGAUCAUUGAGGUAUGUGUAACUAUAAAGUAAAUCUUCACCAGAUGGCUAUGAAUGUCGCUCGAGAAAUAACUAUUUCUGCGUUGCCUGAGAAAUAGCCAGUCCAGCCACGUCUUCGAGAAAUAACUAG